AUGAAGCCAUCAUCGAGAACGGUUCUGCUGCAAGCCUACGAUGUUGAUGGUUUCUCAAUCUACACAAGCUACGAUAGCCGAAAAGCCCGUGAACUGCAGGAGAAUCCAAAUGCUUGUAUGCUGUUCUACUGGCCAAUUCUGAAUAGACAGGUACGGGUAGAAGGCAAAGUGAGUAAGCUCCCAAAAGAAGCAGCAAUCGAGCACUGGAAUUCACUACCGCUAGCUAUUCGGAUUGUUUUAAAAAGCAACGAACAGAGCGCUGUCAUACCAAAUGAAGAGUACCUCGAGAACAAACGAAGGGCUUUGCAGGAAUUAGCAGCUAAGGAAGGAGAACGUAGCAUCACAAAACCGGAAUGUUGGUGA